AUGAUUUCAAAGAGACUAUAUUCAAUGGUUGGACCUUCAUUAUCAAAAAUAAAGAACAAGAACUUAAUCAAAACUCAAGCAUUUGUCAAUGGGAAAUGGAUAAAUAGUUCAAAUGGUGAGACAUUUGAAGUUUCAGAUCCUGCUUUAUACCCCAAGAAAGAAUCUCAGUUAGCUACUGUUCAAUCAAUGUCAGAAGACGAUUACAAAGACGCAAUACAAGAUGCUCAAAAAUCAUUCCAAACUUUCAAAAAGACAACAGGAAGAGAAAGAUCAACACUAUUAUACAAUCUAUACAAAUUAAUGCACGAAAAUAAAGAAGAUUUAGCAAAACUAGUAGUUUUAGAGAAUGGUAAACCAUACGCAGAUGCAUUAGGUGAAGUAGUUUAUGCAGCUUCUUUUUUCCAAUGGUUUGCAGAAGAAGCUCCUCGAGUAGCAAGUGAUUUAAUACCAAGUGCUAAUCCAGGAACUCAAAUUUUAGCUAUAAGACAACCAAUAGGUGUUUGUGGGAUAUUAACACCUUGGAAUUUUCCUUUAGCAAUGAUAACUAGAAAGUUAGGUGCUGCUAUAGCUGCUGGAUGUACCACUGUUAUAAAACCUGCUUCCGAAACUCCGCUAGCAGCUUUGGCAAUGGCUCAAUUAAGUGAAGAAGCUGGGUUUGCACCUGGUGUUAUUAAUAUUUUACCAAGUCAUGAAUCUUCCAAAGUUGGUAAAUUAAUUUGUGAAGAUCCUAUUAUUAAAAAAGUUUCAUUCACUGGAUCUACAAAAGUUGGGAAAAUAUUAAUGGAUCAACUGAGUUCAACAUUGAAAAAAUUAUCAACGGAAUUAGGUGGUAAUGCACCAUUUAUUGUAUUUGAAGAUUCUAAUUUAGAAAAAGCAGUAGCUGGUGCAAUAGCCUCAAAAUUUAGAUCAAGUGGUCAAACAUGUAUUUGUGCAAAUAGAAUAUUUGUACAUGAAUCCAUAUAUGAUGAAUUUACUUCUGAAUUUGUCUCAAAACUUGAAAAGGAUGUUAAACUAGGUAAUGGAUUAGAUGAAGGAGUUACUCACGGUCCUUUAAUUCAUGAUAGAUCUAUGCAAAAAGUAAGAGAACAUAUUGAAGAUGCUUUAAAUAAAGGUGCUAAAUUAUUGUUAGGUGGUGAUAAGAGACCAGAUUUAGGUGAAAAUUUCCAUGAUUUAACAGUUUUAGGAGAUGUAACUCCAGAAAUGUUGAUAUUUAAUGAAGAAACAUUUGGACCAGUUGCCCCCAUUAUAAAAUUUUCAAGUGAAGAAGAAGUUGUUAAAUUAGCAAACGAUACACCAGUUGGAUUAGCUGGAUAUUUUUAUACUCAAGAUUAUGCAAGAUUGUUUAGAGUUGCUGAAGCUUUGGAAGUUGGAAUGGUUGGUGCAAAUACUGCAUUGAUUUCUGAAUGUGCUUUACCUUUUGGUGGUGUAAAAGAAAGUGGAUUUGGUAGAGAAGGUUCAAAAUUUGGGGUUGAAGAUUAUACUAUUAUAAAGGGAGUUGUUGUUGGUGGUAUAGAAUAG